AUGGUGGAUACAGUACCACUACUAGCUGGAAUUGAUAUGGUAUGCAAAGGUGCAGUAGGCAGGAAGAAGGAACCUUUAGCUGUUAGACAGUACAAGGUACAAGCAAACUCCAGCAGGUACAAGCAAACUCCAGCAGGUACAAGCAAACUCCAGCAGGUACAAGCAAACUCCAGCAGGUACAAGCAAACUCCAGCAGGUACAAGCAAACUCCAGCAGGUACAAGCAAACUCCAGCAGGUACAAGCAAACUCCAGCAGGUACAAGCAAACUCCAGCAGGUACAAGCAAACUCCAGCAGGUACAAGCAAACUCCAGCAGGCACAAGCAAACUCCAGCAGGCACAAGCAAACUCCAGCAGGCACAAGCAAACUCCAGCAGGCACAAGCAAACUCCAGCAGGCACAAGCAAACUCCAGCAGGCACAAGCAAACUCCAGCAGGCACAAGCAAACUCCAGCAGGCACAAGCAAACUCCAGCAGGCACAAGCAAACUCCAGCAGGCACAAGCAAACUCCAGCAGGCACAAGCAAACUCCAGCAGGCACAAGCAAACUCCAGCAGGCACAAGCAAACUCCAGCAGGCACAAGCAAACUCCAGCAGGCACAAGCAAACUCCAGCAGGCACAAGCAAACUCCAGCAGGCACAAGCAAACUCCAGCAGGCACAAGCAAACUCCAGCAGGCACAAGCAAACUCCAGCAGGUACAAGCAAACUCCAGCAGGUACAAGCAAACUCCAGCAGGUACAAGCAAACUCCAGCAGGUACAAGCAAACUCCAGCAGGUACAAGCAAACUCCAGAAGGUAAAAGCAAACUCCAGAAGGUAAAAGCAAACUCCAGAAGGUAA